GCUCCUUGUGUGUCCAGAGGAGGGUGAGUGGGAUGGAGAGGCACUGGGGGAUGACGGCACCCGCAGGAUGGUGAUCUUGGAGAAGGGACACGCCUGCCGAUGGCGCCGCUCCCAGGGGCAGAGUUGGUCCAGAGGCCGCUGCAGCUCUACCGAUACUUGCUGCGCUGUUGCCGGCAGCUGCCAACCAAGGGCAUCCAGGAACAUUACAAACAUGCUGUCAGGCAGGGUUUCCGGGUUCAUUCGGAUGAGGACAACCCUGAAAGAAUCCAGCAGAUUAUUAAAAGAGCCAUAGAAGAUGCCGACUGGAUCAUGAACAAAUAUAAAAAACAAAACUGAGACUCCAGGGCCUGAGGCGUGACGCUGUCCUGAGGACACUGAGGUUGGGAGAGCUCUCCUCUCCUGGAGUUCGCCAGCAGCGGCGGUUUGGGAAGAUCCAUCGGCCUUGUUGGCUGAGAGCAGGAAAUCGGGUUGGAGAAGCUGACGUUUGUGCAGACGGCCCUUCUCGCCAUGUUUGUGUCCCCAGCAUCCUUUAUGUUUGCUUUCCAGCUGCUUAUGAUGUGAAAUUUGGGGAGAAUGUGUUUUUCACUUUGCUCUGAAAAUGAUUCCUUUAUUCUGGACGUCAUUCUUUGAGACCCGGAGCGGGUGUCCCCUCCGAUGGCAGCCUGUACAGAGCACAGGGCGUGGGUUUUAGAACUAGACGGAUGUGGAUUUGAAUCCCAGCUCCGCGGCUUUUCGGAGGUGUUGUCUUCGGGCUCAGUUUCCUCCUCUGUGAGGGGUACAUGAGAUGACGUUGAGGAGCCUAACAUGGGACAUGAUGCCUGGCGGUGCUGGCAGAGACCCCUCUGCGGAGGCUGUCCUCUGCCCUCCCUGCUCUGCCCCCGCAGUGCUCCACGCAGCUCCAGCACACUCCAUGUUGGGUCUUACUUGUUUGUUCUGGGCUUGUCCCGUCCCUGCUUCUCACCCUGAGCCCCCGAGCCCUCACAGUGGCACCGUGCUCAGCAGUCCGCCAAGCAGCUGCUCUUCCUGACACUAUCCCUCCGUGAAGCCCUGUCCUUACCUUCACAGAGUUUCCAGUGUCCUGAAGUGGGGAAAUGCGUGCUGCAGGAGACAGGGAAGAACCCCGAAGCAGCUGCAGUAGAUGCCGAUGUGUUCAGGCUUCUGUGACCCUUCCAUCUGUCUUGACUGGCCCUUCUCUGCUUUGCUGCCAUGUUGUAAGGAGGAAAGGAGGGAGGCGGGAGGAAGCAUUUGCGUGCGUUAUGGUGAGCCUCCAGUCGCUGGAGAGCGACAGCCCUGGGUCGCAUCCCAGUUCCACACAAGUUGCUCCUGGGUAACUUACCUCUUUCAGCCUCCUUCAGCCAUCUACCCGAUGGAGUGAUGAUUGUACCUACCUCACAGGGCCACUGUGAGGAGUAAUGAGCUCUGAUACGUGACAAGUGCUUCACCCAGAACCCGGAACGGGGAGCCAGCUGCAAGGCUGAUGCCAGCUACAAUUAUUAGGGACCCCUGCUUUGCAUACAAGGUGAUGGAAACUCAGAGAGGUCGAGCCCCUUUUCAAGGUCACAAAGCUUAGUAGCCAGGUCUGUCUGAAUCUACUGAACACCACAGGUUUGAGAGGGAAAGGAGAGCAGCAGGGAGGGGCUGGCCCUGUGGCCUGGUGGUUAAGUCCUGUGCCCUCCGCUUCAGCGGCCCGAGCCCAGUUCCUAGGCACAGACCUGCACCA